AUGAAAGAGUCAAUUCUUUUGAUUAUUUUGUUAAUUAUUGAAGGGAAUGCUAAACCCUCACAAUUCGAAAUUUCACCAAUUGAAGGAAAGCUUCUUUCCAAUAUUGAUCAGGAAACUAUGUGCAAAAUCAUUGAUGAGAAUUCAAAAAAAGAAACGAAUUCAAGCUUUCAAAAGAUUUAUCAACACGGGAAAGAGAUUUUAUGCGUAGAGAAGGAGAAAGAUUUUAUAAAUCAAGUAUUUAAAUGCUCUUUUAAUGGAAAUCAAGAGACAAUUGAAAACAUUCACAAAAUUUGCAACGAGAUCACGGAAAAGUCGAAUGAUUUGUGCAAUCCGGCUCAUCGAGGAUUGUCAUUUUUGGCGCUUUUCACCCAGAUUGAUUACAUCGCCGAUCGAGCCAAAUGCUUCACCGAAGUCGUUGAAGCAAUGGAAAAGCUUGGCGAAGAAAGAAAAGAAGGAAUGCAUAAGAUUUAUUUUGCAUUUAACCAUGUUGAC